AUGACUGCCGAAAAACCCGUUGUGCUUAGAUUAGGCAAGUGGCCCUUCUCCACUGAAAAGUGGGAUAAGUUGAAGGAAAUCGCUACCGUGGUGGACUGUGAGUCUCAGACAAGAGAGGAGUUUUUGAAGGAUCUUAAAACGAAGUAUACGAACGUGACCAACAUUGUUCGUACUUUCCCAAGUGUGGAGCAGACCGGGCGUUUUGACUCCGAAAUCAUCGCUGCUUUGCCUGACUCUGUUGUGUCAGUUUCCCACAAUGGAGCUGGUUAUGACCAGGUCGAUCCACAGCCAUUGACUGAUAGAAAUAUUCAGCUUUCGAAUGUUACGGUGCCUGUGGAGGCUCCUACUGCUCUCACUGCUGUCUACUUGACACUUGCUACCAUGAGAAACUAUCAAAUCGGACAUGACGCUUUGGUUCAGGGCAAGUGGACCAACCCAGACAUUGGCAGAGGUGCAAAGUUAGGUAAGGACCCCGAGGGCCAGGUUGUUGGUAUCUUGGGUAUGGGCGGAAUUGGCCGUGCUAUCCGUGACCGUUUGGUGCCUUUCGGAUUCGAAAAGAUCCUUUACUAUAACCGUUCCAGGCUUGAUGCUGAUUUGGAGGGUGAAGCGCAGUAUGUGGGAUUUGACGAGUUGUUGGCACAGAGUGACGUUUUGAUCGUUUCGGUUCCUUUGAACCCAAAGACGCAUCACUUGGUUAACAAAGAGGUCAUUUCUAAGAUGAAGGAUGGAGUUAUUAUCGUCAAUACCGCUAGAGGCGCCAUUAUUGACGAGAAGGUGCUUAUUGAAGAGUUGAAGCUGGGCAAGGUCGGCGCUUUCGGUUCUGAUGUCUUCGAGCACGAGCCAGAGGUUCCUAAGGAGUUGUACGAGAUGCCUAAUGUUGUUUCCUUGCCUCAUAUGGGUACUUGGACUAAGCAAGCACUCAAGAACAUGGAAGAGUUCACUGUGGCCAACGUUGAACACCAGAUCAAAACCGGUAAGCUUUUGACGAUCGUUCCAGAACAAAAAGAUAUUGACUUCAAGCAUCCCGCUAGGGCAUAA